GUAGACGGGUAUAAUUCGACUGGGUGUGAUAUUCUCGGUCGCGAAGGGAGAAGGACGCGGGUUCUCGCGUACGCGGAGGGUGCAGCCGGGAGGAGCGGAAUCUCGCCGAUUAUAUAUAAGCAGCGGGGACGUAUCGUUACGGCGAGUUGCAUCGUUAGCCAGCGUUAGCGGAAUCAUCGGGGGACGCCAAGCGAGGUCGAUCUCGCUUCUCGCCUCCGUGACCCGACGUCCGUGAUCUUCGUCCUCGAGCGAGUCAUCGUGUCCGCGCGCUGAUCUCGCUCGAGUCGCUAUGAGCCAGUGACACACCGCCUGGCCAGCGGCAUGUCGUCGCCGUCGUCGUCGUCGCCAUCGUCGUCGUCGAGAGGCGGCUACCAGUCCCGGUUGAGCUCCGAGAUAUGCUCUCAGAGUUCGCGUCCGUGGCAGUGACCCAGCCCGGCAAAAUUGUCGCCCUCGUCCGCGCAAAGUGACCGAACGAUGGAGAACCAGGACGAUCAUCGGGCGGUCAAAGCGAACGGAAACGAGGAUCCACGGGCGAAGAUCAGCCGAUUGGAGUCGGAGAACGUUAAGAUGCGAGAGGAGUUUAAUGUACAAAGGGCCAAGAUGAAGGAGUUGUUUCUACAGAAAGAGGAGGAAUUGAAACGGAGGCUCGAGGAAAACGUGGGCCUGCAGAAGGAAAAUCUGAGACUGAAAAACGAGCUGGACGAAGCCAAGAGCCAGCUAGUCGUCGCGGAUCUCAAGGUACAGAACGACAUAAUGAUAGAGAAGAGGAAGGCGCAGGAGGAGAUCGCCUCCUUGCAGCAAGUCAUACAUGAGACCGUGGAGGAGUCCUCCUGCUCGAGGAAGCAGCUCGUCGGCGAGGUGUCCAAGCUGCAGCUGGCUCUUUCCAAGCUCCAGGAGGAGAACGCGCUGCUGAAGACGCAGUUGCCGCGCGACCCGCCGAUGGACGGGCCGCAGAUCUCGCUGUCGACGGUAAAGACAAUAGCUAGGAAAGUGGUGUCGCAGCUGGGUGCGGACUCCCUGUCUCUGGGCCCCGACAAUUUGGAGGAGAGCAUGCGGAAGGUAAAAAAAUAUGCGCAGGAAGACGCGGAAGUCUUACGUUCGUUGGUUGUGCCGCUCGAGGAGGAGAUCAAAGCUUUAAAGGAGAAACUGAGGUCGACCGACGACGAGUUGCAAAAGUACAAGGAAGUUCUGUUAAAGAGGCGGCAGCAGGAACCCGGUUCCUUCGAGCCGUCGUGUGAUAUGUGCGCAAACUACGAGGCGCAAUUAGUUAAAGUAGAAGCGACUGCCAAGGAUUUGGAGAAGCAGCUGUUGGACUUCCAACGUAUGCUGCAAGCUCAAAAGGAGGAUCUGGCCAAGGAGGUGGAGUUUCGCAAAGAGAUGGAGGAGAAGUGGAACGAGAAGAAGGAAGAGCACAAAAUCAAAGUUGCGGAGCUCACCGUCACCUCGCAGACGGCGCAGCAAAAUUUGUUAGAGUUAAAGAAAACCUUCGAACAAAUGCAGAGGAGCGUGUCGGAGGAACUUAGUAAAUUGACACGGGGCAGAGAGGAAGUACAGAGACAUCUCACUGCGCUUCAGAUGGAGAAUGAGAAUCUUGUGGGUAAACAUAGUAAACAUUCGCAGCAGCUUCAAAGUGAGAGUAUCAACAUGCCAAACACUGUUGAGGAACUGCAUAUAAGCCUUCUGAAAGUGCGCGAGGACUUAAUUACAGCCAAAGUGGCUCAAGAGGUUGCGCAGGAGAAGGAGGAGACGUUACGCUAUGAAGUCACUUUGUUAAGAGAACAAAUGGAGCAGGAGAGUAGAGUUAAGGAACAAGACAACGCUGUAUUAAAGAAUGAAAUAAGUGGAUUGAGAGUGCAAUUAGAUAAAUACGUGAGAGACCAUCGUACACUCGCCGAUAGAGAAGAGAAACUCGAUCGGCUAGAGAAACAGCUGCAGGAAGUCCAAAAAGAGAAGAAGGAUGUGGACUUGGCUAUAACUGAAUUACGACAAAGAGUCAUGAGUCUACAGCAAGAAUUAGAUACCAGCGAGGCAGUGCAGAAAGACUUUGUUAGAUUAUCACAAUCAUUACAGGUGCAACUGGAAAGGAUUAGGCAGGCAGGUAGUGAAGUGAGAUGGCAACACGAAGAGGAUGUCGAAGAAUGUCCUAGUUGCCAUACAGCGUUCUCAGUCACCAAAAAGAAGGUACAUUGCCGUCACUGUGGCCAUAUAUUUUGUCAAUCUUGCCUCUCGCACGUCGUGAAUAGUGGGCCGAAACAAAGACCAUCCAGAGUCUGUGAUGUUUGUCAUACUUUAUUAGUGCAAGAUACCGCACCAUACUUCAGCCAAGAACCUCCGCAUACACCUGAUUAAAUGUUCUAAAGUUAUGGGAUUCUAACGCAAUUUAACGAGAUGUGCAAUAUCAGUUCGGUAAUGUGCUGAUUAGUAUGUCUCAAAAGUAUACCGAUCACAAGGUGACUAACGAUGACUCUCCCUUUUUUUGUAGAGUGAGAGAGUGAGAGAGAGAGUGAGAGUGCGAGAGCGAGAGAAUUAGAAAUGUUGAUAGCGUAAAGAUGGAAUUUAGAUAAGAUUCCUAUUACCUGAGAACCGGAGUGAUACAAGAGAUAUCGUGUAAAUAUAAAGUUAUGUACUACCUAAUGGUUACUGUAAUUUAAACAGAUUAAAGCUUUUGAGUGUAUGUGAGUUAUUCAGAA